UGAAACACGCCUCGAGAAAUGCAACAGCACGCCCCUGGUUCUUAUAGCAACAAAACACUAAAAGAGUUUUAAGCAUAUAUGGUUUUAAAGGUGCAAACGAGUAUUUAAACAAUACGAGACAAGUGUUUUAUUACAGCAAUGACAUCGUGAGAAUUUUAUGUUUCGAGCUACCUAUCAUUAAUAGGACAAGAUUACGAGUUCUGACGACAAAACUUACAUAGGAUCAUCAUAGGAUUGUAAUUGAUCUGUGUCAUCUUGAAUAUCUCUCUAAGAUAAAUAUAAUAAAAUCUAUAUGUGGAUGGUAAAAUUUCUAAUUUAAUUGGAUACUUCAAGAGAGAGAAAGAAAAAAAAGAAAAAACCGAAAGAUAUAUAAAGCCAUUUGUUGUCAAAGUAUUUCUAAUAAAAUGGAUAACAAAAGCGAUAAUAAUUUUGAAAUAACUGAUUACACACGAUCAUGGGUAAAAGAAAAAUAUCAAGAGGUUCAGGUACUGACGAAGGAACAUGAAGCAAAGUGCGAUCCAAAUCAACUCUAUGAAAGAAAAUGUAAAGCUAUGGAGAUAUUAACAGAAAUACUGGAUGUGCUUACCAAAGAAACUGUCUGCACUGUAAUGAUUGCGAUAACUCAUUUAAACAUAGGCAUCUUACAAGCUGACAUGCAAGAUACUGAAAUUGCCAAAGAAUAUUUCACGAGGUGUAUCAAUCUAUUAGAAGAAUAUAAACUGACAUCCGAAGGCAUUUUACCAGCUAUAAGUGCUAACAAUCAAAUGGGUAUAGUUUACGCACAACAGGGCUUGUAUCAGGAGGCUAAAGAUUUCUUAGAACAAGCAGAAAGCAUAUACAUUAAGUUUACAGAAGAAGUUCGACUUGAUCCUGUUCAUAUGAUGACCAUCAUGGGUAUCGAAGAGAUAGAGGGUGACUUGUGCGCUAAAAAUAUUCUUGAGAAGCUUCACACAUUAACGUUGUAUUAUUUAGCACAGGUGUGCCGUGAGCUAGAUGAUAAAUGUAAUUUUGCAUUAUAUUGUCACAGAACACUGAGCAAGCAAUUAAGCCAAAGUAAAAUAACACAAGAUUUGGAUUAUAUCGAGUGGGCCUUAAAUGCCGCGACAAUAUCUCAAUAUUUUAUAGAAAAUGAUAAAUUUCCACAAGCAAGGCAUCAUCUAGCUGCAGCGUCCUGUGUAUUAGAGAAAUACUCAGAGAUCUUGAAAGCAAAGAACACCGAAAAAUGCGAGAGCACAGCUCCAGAAAACGAAAAUUUCUGUCACAGAUCAGCAGACAUUGCUAGAUGCUGGGCAAAGUAUGGUAUUGCCCUUUUAAGUACAUCUAAGGAAAGAUUAAUGAAAAGAGCUGAUCAGGAAGAUGAAUUGGAUGAUUCAAAGCAUGCAGAAGUUUCCAAUGAAGUCGACAAAUACUCUUACGCGAACGAAGCUACAGAGAAUCCAAAAUUCAUAGAUCUAGAACCAGAAUUAGAAGUAAUUACCAGUGAAAUCACAGAUAAGUACCUAUUGGAUUUUGAUGAUGCUAGACCAGUAUUCCUGAAUGUUCAAAAAUGGCUAAAUAAGGCAAAACUGUAUUAUGGUUUUGAAAAUCAUGCAUCAGAUUACGCGCGUAUUGCGCAAGACAUGUCUCAGGCAUACAAGUAUCUGGCAUUCUACGAAGAGAAGGAAGACAGGCAGGCGAAGAUGCAUAAACGGCGAAUAGACAUUUUGGAGGAAGUUAGUCAAGGAUUAAGUCCACGAUUUUAUCGAGUUAUUUGUCGGGAAAUCUGGCUUGAAUUAGCGGAAACGUAUUCGGAGAUCCUGGACAUAAAGAUAGAUCGUUUGCAAGCGCUCAAUCAAAAACCAACGGAUCAGAUGACAGCGAAGAUUGAACGCUUGGCGAGAAGCAGCAUAAAGAAUUACCAGUCGUACGUGAAUUCUUUGGAGAUGAAAGAAUCCAACGAUGGCAUCGCGUCUUUCUCGAAUGGUGAAUUAUAUCAAGCGUUGUACUCUUACUUCCACAUUGGAAGAUUGUUCAAUAAGAUCAUAACUUCCGUCCUAGAACAGAAGAUAGAAAACAUAGAGAAGAGCCUCGAGGCUUAUUCGUUUAUUGUUAAUUAUUAUGACAAGCAUUCGGAUAUUCAAGAUCAAUUUAAAAAAUACGAAUUUAUCAAAUUAUCCAAGGAAUUUGUCACUCUACUGCCGCUCACGUUAGAUAGAUUGAGGCAACAGUUAAUGUUAGAUAAAGAGAAAUAACAGUUCAAUAAUUAAGAAUUUUAUUUUUCUUUUUGUAGUAUAUUCGUUUUAAAAUUGUAAAAAGAUAUUUUGUUAUACUUUUUUUUGUAUUAAACAACACUUGAUAAUUUUUGAAUGCGUGAGGCAGUAUGGAAAUAUAUAUAUUUGCGAAUAUAUUUUUGAAACACUUGUUAUACAUAC